AUGGAUUCUGAAGAAGUAUCCUAUCCUGCAAAGGAGUCUGAUGCUCUUAUGUCUGAAUAUGAUGAGAGACAAUAUGAGAAUCAAGAUGAUGAUGUUGUGGUUGUUUUAAAUGAUGGCGAUCUCCAACUUCAACAUAGAAAUCAUCAUGAGCUUCAAAGUCCUCUCAGGAGCGUCACGGAUGUUCUUCGUGAAGCUGAAAAUAUAAUGACAGAUGGUCCACUUCAAAUUGCUACAGGAAAAGAAAAACAACAAGUUCUAAUCGAUGAAGUUGAUGUAGAAUACAGCCCCCGGAAAUCAUGUCAGCCCAUCGAAAUUGUUGUUCGCCACAACAAAAUUGUUGAACAUCCUUAUAGUAGUGAUGAUGAGGAUAAUGAUCAUGCUGUCAAUCUUAAACGAAAACGUUUGAGUGUUUUGAGAGAAGGGGAAGAAUCGUCACCAUCGCAUUUGCCGUCCUGUUCUUCUAAAUCUCCUCCGACAUGGAAAAGAGGACAUCGGCGUGCAUGGAGUAUGCCCAAUGCGAAAGGAGAGAAAAUGACUCUUGCUGUUAUCCAAGAUAAUGAAUCUAACGAAGGAGGAAAUACAAAGAGGAGAAUCGUGAAGUAUCGUUUACAUCCGCAUCGAGCUCCCGCUCCUGGCGCUGAUGUUGAUGACAGACUUCAUUUAGCUGUUCGAUAUCCCAAUCCAGAAGAUGACGACAAUGAGUUAGAGGUGGAAAUCAAUGAAGAGGAAGUUGUGGUUCCAGGUGAAGAGGGCAAGGGCGCCAGGACAAUUGUUAAGAGAUUUUGGGAAGCCCGUUGGAAAGCAACCAACUUCGAGAGUUUGCCUGAUUGGUUACAAGAUAAUGAAUACUUACGAACGGGACAUCGUCCACCUAUUCCUUCAUUCAGUAACUGCUUCAAAAGCAUAUUCGAACUUCACACUGAAUCAGGAAAUAUUUGGACUCAUAUGUAUGGCUGUGUAGCAUUCAUUGGAGUUGCUAUUUGGUUUUUGACAAGAAAUGUCGACCAGGUUCAAUUUAUGGAAAAGGUGGUGUUUGCUGCUUUUUUUAUUGGAGCCAUCAUUUGUUUGGGAAUGUCUUUCACUUUCCAUACUCUUGCUUGUCAUUCCAUUGCCGUCGGUAAAUUGUUUAGCAAAUUGGAUUAUACUGGCAUCACUCUAUUGAUUGUCGGCUCUUUCAUCCCGUGGAUAUACUAUGCCUUCAACUGUCGUCCACAGCCUAUGAUAAUUUAUAUAUUCAUGAUAACUGUUCUUGGUAUUAUGGCCAUGAUCGUAUCGUUGUGGGAUAAAUUUGCGGCUCCCAAAUUCCGGCCUGUGCGAGCAGGAGUUUUUGUCGCCAUGGGUCUCUCAGCGAUCGUUCCAGCUGCACAUCUUCUAAUUGUUGAUGGCUUGGAUUAUAUGAUGAAUAAGGCUGCCUUGAAUUGGAUGUUAUUGAUGGGAGGAAUGUACAUAGGAGGAGCUACCAUUUACGCUACUCGUGUACCUGAGCGUUGUUUCCCUGGCAAAUGUGAUAUUUGGUUCCAAUCACAUCAGUUAUUCCAUACUUUUGUGGUUGCGGCUGCUUUCAUCCACUUCCAUGCCAUUACUAAAAUGGCUCAACUCAAAUUGAUGGAGGGUAGUUGUCCUCAACAGCUACUUGAGAGGUAUGGAGUCGACGCGUUGCCGUCGUGGCUGGGUACGCUUUUAGGCUUAGACGAAGAUCCUAAUACGAUAAAUUGGACGCCACAAGAUGUUUUCUAG